AUGAAAGGCUCCGCGAGAAAACGCGCCCCAAGAGGGGACCAGGCGCUCAUCUCUCCUCUCUCGCCGAUCUUGUCUCCUCAAUCGCGGCCGCUAUCUCCCACGGCCGGGACUGGAAACCCGGGGCUGCAGACUGGAGCCGCCACCCCGUGGCGACGGGCUGCCGUCGGAGGAGCGCAAUCCGCAAAUGUUCUGUCGCCGAAAACUCCUGCAAGGCCGCGCGAUGACGUGCGGAAGUCAAAGACACGGCCUCCGUCCCGGGCAGCAUGGGUGUCAUCGUCGGGUGCCGGUGGUCAGCUGCCCUUGUCGCCUACCGUCGUGUCCUGGGAGUCCCAGGCAACAGACGCGAGAACAACCGAGGGCGUACCGCAUAGCGAAUUGACUGACAAGCCACGCCUGUUCCUGGGCAUCAUCCCAGACGAUGACGAGGGCUCGUUCGAGUACUCCGCCUACAUGGCAGCCUACACGGUGAGCUUCGCUGCCGUGCUGCUCUUUAUCACGUUCGCCGCGAGCGCCUACUUCCCACACUGCGAUAACCCUGUGGACUGCUUCGACCUGAACCGUGAGCUACAGCGCAGCAGACUCGUUGACGUCGACCCCUGUGAAGACAUGUUCGAGCACGUCUGUGGCCGCUGGACCAGCGUGUACCCCGAGCAGCAAAACUUGUUCGAGAUCCUGAACAACAGGCUGCGCGUCUCCUUGCUCGAGAACGUCGAUCAAGUGACCACUGACUCCAGUAACGCGGUUGACAAGGCGGCCGCUGCUAUGACUGCGUGCAUGAACGUCGCCGAAGCCGAUAUUGAUCACACUGCAACGAUUCGAGAAGUGCUGCGUCGACGCGGAUUAACAUUUCCCGCCCAACAGGUUCGCUCUGCACGCGAAGUGUUCGGAAUCCUCAUCGCGCUCACCCUGCAGGAUCUUUCGGGCGUUUUCUUCCAGCUCAAGCUCACGCCCUACUUGAAGGCAGAAGACAGAUUCGUCUUCGAAUUCAGGUACUCCGAGACCAUGUUCAGGUAUGUGACAGACGAAGAUGUACUCGAGUCAUGUGUCCGUGCGUACGACCCAAGUCUAGGAGGCACCCAGGAGUUGGCAGAGAGACUUUUCACCGUGGAAACUGAUGUCAGAACCAUCACAGCGAUGCAUUCCGGUGGGGGUGAGUAUCCGCAGUACUACAAGUUCUCGGAGAUUGAUGGCGUUUAUUAUAAUAGCACUCAGCAGGAAGCUUACACGACUGCGCAGUGGUGGGUUGAUGAAAUCAAUAAACACAUACCUGAGAAGUCAGCCAUAAAUCUGACAUCAGACAUUCUCAUCAAAGACCGCCACGCCUUGCUUCUCACCAUAGAUGUGCUGAGAGCGUAUUCCACCAGUAGCUUGCACCUCCAGACGUACAUAGCCUGGAAAGUCAUCAAGUACCUCUCGUAUGCGGCGUCCAGCAGGAUGUUUUUCUGCCACUUCCGUUUAGGAAACGUGCACUGGGUGAGCACUUUCGCCAAAGCACUCGACCGAUGCACGAGCUACAUUAAGCUGGUCAUACCGCAUGCCCUGCUCAAGCUACAGGUCAAGCAUAUCCUAGACGACGAGACCAUAAACUACACCAAUACUAUCGCCGACCGCAUCAGGCACCAAAUGGAGGUCUCGUACAAUUUCUCGUGGUUCGACCGAGAGUCGGCAAGAGGUUUGGUCGAGCGCCUUCGAUCCAUCCACCAGAUCAUUGGCGUGGCCUCGAAACUUCGAAGUAACACCGCGCUGAAUUCCUACUACGCUCAUAUACCGAAAUCCGGAGCACCACUCAAGUUCGUGGAUUGGCUGGUCGAGGCUCACCGCGCUGUGGCAGCGCACAAGAAACGCUUUCUGCAGCCAUCCCCUGACGGAACGGCCUCUAUCAGCAGAGAUGACUGGGACCUGACGGGAAUAUCGGCGGGCGCCUUCUACAUCAUCGUGUACCACAUUAUAUACCUACCAGGCAGCGUACUUAUGCCACCAUUCAUGGUUCCGUACGGGCCGAACUCUUACAACUACGGCGGGAUCGGCAAGGUAAUCGGCCACGAACUGACGCACGCAUUCGAUCCCAAGUACCUGGACCUCAACCGUAGGGGCGAGAAGCAAGUCUUCUACACGCCUCAGUUCUUUCAGAAGCUUCGAGAACUUCAGGAUUGCAUCAUCCUGCAGGCCAACAAGUUGACCGAGAGCGCCAUCGCCGGAAACAACUCCAUCAGCGAGGCCUUCGCCGACAGCGCGGGAGUCGAAGCGGCGUACCUCGCGUACAGGGCUCUGCCAGAGUCUGAUCGCGAGACUGGAGCGGGCUACUACACCGCAGACCAGACCUUCUUCGCCGGCGGCUGCUACAUGUUUUGCCAGGCUGGGGAGGAUUACUCGGAAGUAAGCAUCUACCUGCCGCACAGCGUUCGCUGCAAACAGUCCUGCCUCAACACGCAAGAAUUCGCGAACGCUUUCGGAUGCAAAGAAGGAUCGCCGAUGUUCCCGCAUAAACGGUGUGACGUGCACGACCUUUUGAGGAUCAAACAAUGGUGA